AAAAAAACGCGGACAUGGGGUUGCGUGCGCUGUUGCUUAGGGUACAUGGGCAUAUGGUACCAGUCAUUCUGAAACAACACAAACAAGUGAACGGGAGGGACAUUGCAACUUCCUCAUAUUACCAAAAGAAAUAUCCGUAUGUGCGGUUUCUGAUAUUUGAUUACGACUGCUAAGUACUUAAAGAGUGCACCAGAUAGUUUACGAAUACAUUAAACGGAUUCAUUCACGGACUGAAUAAAAUACGAGGAGACAUGAUGCUUGAUUGUAGUGCAGGCUGUAAGAUAAUGAAGAGAGGCGAAGUGAUAACGCAGGAGAAGGUGGUGCUGCAGCGUGGCGGGGCUCUGUUCGGCACGGGCUCGUUCUUGCCAGUGGUCAGCCCCACUACGACGCACUCGGGUUUUCACCAGGUGGCCCGCAUGAUGGAUUCGCUGAUCUUAGACUCAUUAUCGCCCUAUACUUUCACCAAGAUCACGACGACUCAUAGGCCCGUGCGGGGCAACAGCUCCAGACGCUCCACGGGUACCCAGCAUCCCAGACAGAGGGCAGGACCCGUUAAGGCACAACACCCAUCUCAGCAAGAGCCCCAUCAAUCUACCGGGGGCGCAGACUCCGGAGGACACAAUAAGACUCCCUCCAACUCUCCCCCGACUGCGUCUGACAAAUGGGUGGCGUCUCUCCGAAGACGUGACCCGGAGAUUCAGCCGGCCCUGCCAGCCAUCAAUCCCAGGGGGCGGAGCUCCAACUUCAGCGUGACCACUAGUCGCAAAUCGAGGUCCGUGGACCGGCUGCCGCGUCCCGGUAAGGACCGGACCAAAGGGACAGGACAAGCGGGCUACGAGGCGCACCUUGUCGAGACGAUCGAGAAAGAUAUCCUGCAGCGUAACCCAGACGUCACGUGGACCAGGGUGGCCGGCCUGCACGAGGCCAAGGCGAUCCUGCAGGAGGCGAUGGUGCUGCCCAUACUCAUGCCGGACUUCUUCAAGGGCAUUCGGCGGCCAUGGAAAGGGGUGCUGAUGGUGGGUCCGCCAGGGACAGGGAAGACCAUGUUGGCCAAGGCUGUGGCUACCGAAUGUGGAACAACCUUCUUUAAUGUUUCCUCUUCUACCCUUACUUCCAAAUAUCGAGGCGAGUCAGAGAAACUAGUCAGGCUGUUGUUCGAGAUGGCCAGGUUUUACUCACCGAGCACAAUCUUCAUCGAUGAGAUUGACUCGCUGUGCUCACAGAGGGGGACAGAUUCAGAGCACGAAGCUUCACGGCGCUUCAAGGCUGAGCUGUUGAUACAGAUGGAUGGCAUCAAUUCCAGCAGCAAUGAAGACAAAAUUAUAAUGGUUCUGGCUGCCACUAACCACCCAUGGGACAUAGAUGAGGCUUUCAGGAGGAGGUUUGAGAAGAGGGUCUAUAUUCCUCUUCCAAAUGAUGAAACUCGCUCAGCACUGCUGAAACUGUGCCUCGAGGGAGUGACCGUGGAUGAAGCUCUGGACAGCAAUGUUAUUGCUGACAAACUGCAAGGAUACACAGGGUCUGAUAUUAGCAAUGUGUGCAGGGAUGCAGCCAUGAUGUCAAUGCGCCGCAAAAUAUCCGGUCGCACUACUGCUGAAAUUAAGAAGAUCAAGAAAGAGGAUGUGGAUCUUCCAGUAACAACUGAAGAUUUUGAUGAGGCUCUGUCACGGUGUAAGAAGAGUGUCUCUCUCAGUGACGUUUCAAAGUACGAGAGCUGGAUGGAGGAGUUUGGAUCCUGCUGAAGAGGUGCACCAAAAAUUCAACACCCCCUAACUCGUGAACAUACAGCAGAAUACAUUCAACUUACAACAUUCCUAGACAAAUACUGCACAUGGAAUAUCACAACAUGGUCACUUUAUAAUGUA